UCCUCUCCAGACACACACCCUCACAGGUCCUCCAGAAACUCCUGUCUUGUUUUCCCCCCUCAACUUUAGGACUUUUUUUUUUUUUCUCUUUCGAGAAGGAUGAUGUCUAAGAUGCUUUUACCAAAAGAACAUCCCGCACGGAGACUCUUUGUCAAGGAGAUCGAGUAAAGUGAAGAGGCUCGUGGUGAUGAUGUCAUCACUGCUACUCUCCCAGCUGCUUCUGCUCAGCCUCAGGGUCGUUUUCAUGACGGCUGACCUUGGGGAACAAUGUCCAGAUUCGGUUCCUGUGGAUCUUCUAUCUGCUGUCCUCAAGAAGGACGCCUCUGCGUUCACGUCAGGGGUUGAGGUGAGGUCAUCCGGAGGAUUGCGCGGCGUCCAUUUCACUGGCCCUCACGAUCCCGUCAGCCUGCUCUCCGAUUGUGAGCGCUCCCCGAAAGACUUCUCCAUCGUGGUUACGCUGAAAGUGGCUCACAUGGCACAAAAGAAAAGUGAGUACAUCUUCACCAUGAUGGACCCGAAAAUCACGCUGGAGGAAAAGGACGAUGACGAGGGAAGUAGGCUGAGGAACAACGCAGAACACCGCCGACUCCUCCUGGGACUGAGGCUCUCAGGGAAGCGACUGCACUUGCUCUUCAGAGGGGAGCGAGGCGUCACGGAGCAGCAGGUGUUCCGGGGCGCCCAGCUCGCAGACAACCGCUGGCACACCCUGGUUCUGUCCGUCGUCGGUCACCAAGGCAGGCUGACGGUGGAUUGUGGCUCACUGCGUGAAAUCCUUCCCUCCAGGCCCUUUCCGUCGGACCUCAGCUUUCACCUGUCCAGAUUUCACAUUGGCAGUCGGGGCAGAUGGAAAGGAUUGUUUACGGGGCUGUUACGACAGUUGGUUCUGGUCCCGGGUUCUGACGCCACCCAUCAGAUAUGCCCAUCUGCCCAAGCUCAACUUGCAUCUCUAUUUGUUCCACCAUUGCUGUUGUCAGAUGUCGCCGGGAAGAAUCCCGCAAGUCAGCUGAUCCCAGAAUCCGAGACGAGAGUGUCAGUGGGUUUGGAGCAGAUGUGUUCCGAGCCACUCCGAGGCCAGUUGCGGUUUAACCCGCUUAGGAAAGCCCUUUACGUUUGCGAUGGGACCUCGUGGGUCACCGUUCUGGAAGAUCGUAAACGACUGGACUAUGUUGAGGAACGGCAGGUUCUCAGCACCAGCUCAGAGACACAUGACAUAGAGGUCUUCCAGGUUCAAGGCGUGGGUCUGAUGGCUGCCAUGGCUCACCGCUCCACAACUUCUGGGUCCGCAGUGUAUCGGUGGAGCCAACAAAAUGGCUUCCAGCCGUAUCAGAAUCUUAGCACACACGGAGCGCUGGCGUUGAGACAUUUCAACAUGGGCAAGAAGACAUUUCUGGUGGUGUCCAACUGCAACAUAGGCGCCAGUGUGGGAAAGGAAAUCGAUGUCUCCGUCAUUUACAAGUGGAGCCGAAAAAGCAAACAAUUUGUGCGCUUCCAGACUUUGGAGACUCACUGUGCACGUGACUGGGAGGCCUUCAAAAUCCAUCGACACACAUAUCUCGUCGUCGCCAAUCACAGGAAAGGUCAAAACAACCACACCAUCGACAGCGUGGUUUACAAAUGGAACAAGCCAACCAAGUCCUUUGAGGUCCACCAGAGGUUGAGAACGUCAGGGGCUUACGACUGGGAGUCCUUCAAAGUGGGACCUUAUCAUUUUUUGGUGGUGGCGAACGCCUUCGACGGAGUAACCACGUCAGUAGACUCUGUUAUCUACGUUUGGGUCGACGGGAGCUUUCGAGUCCUCCAAACCAUUAAGACGUUUUGCGCCACUGACUGGGAGAUGUUCCAGAUAGGCACACGGGUCUUCCUGGUGGUCGCCAAUGGACACCGUCUCCAUGGCAACGGACCCGGUCAAUAUGCCAUCAACUCUACUAUAUAUGAGCUGGACAUGAUCGAGCAGGUGUUUGUCCGUUUCCAGGACAUCGUCACAUACAGCGCAGUGGACUGGGAGUUCUUCAGUCUCGGGGAGGAAUAUUUCCUGGUUGUCGCCAAUUCCUUCAACGGGGAAUCGUACUCUCUCAACAGUGUUCUCUACAGGUGGCAGGGCUACGAGGGCUUCGUUCCCGUCCACUGGCUUCCGACUAUCGGCUGCAGCGAUUGGGAGUUCUUCAGUGCUGGCGGAGACUCUUAUCUGAUCUACUCAAGUGCCAAAGCGCCUCUCGCCAAAGUGUUCAAGCUGAAAAUGUACUGAGCUCAUUCACUACCAUAUUUAUGCGUGUGGAUGCAUGCCCUGUCCAUGGGGGCCCCGCAGGAGUCAGCCCACCAUGCAAAAACCUCAGAGGAACUCUUAUAAAAGGAGGAUUGCAAGUGCGCACACUAGUUUGUUCGUUGUAUAUAUGAAUUCAGUAUUGUCCUCAGAGGACAAUUCCAGAACUUUUUCCUACCUUAAUGUAAAAACAUGCAGUGUGUGUGUAUGUGUUUAAAAGUGCCUGCCUGCAGCAUGAGGAUACAUAAGAAUGACAGUAAGUUAUUAAAAGAACAAUAAGCUACUUAUCAAUUUCUAUAAAGGUCACUUUUGUUGACUAGGAUAUUUUGCACACUAUUAAAUGUCAAUUGUUCACUAUC